GCUCCACCGCAUGCAGCUACCUCAAUUCGAGUGACAUGAAUGGGCAACCGACGACCAUUCGAUUACGUUUGCCUUGAUCCCAGUUGUUGAUCAACGGUCAUUGUGAGUGGACUGUGUUGCAAUAGGGUUUGUCUCAUCCAGGCUAUUGCUCAAGCAAUGUCAGUGAACGAUUAGGUUAGGGGAACAACCGAAUUCAAGCGCUAGGACAAGUUAUGAGUUUGAGCCAAAUUCGGCCUUCCACCCCGAACAUGGUCCUUUAUGACGAGGAUCACGCCAAUGGGGUGGAAGUCGCGAAUACAGUCGUGGGUGGGCAGACUUCAUCCAGACCUGGAACCACCGGAUCCUUGGCCCCUCCACCACCUAUGCAAUAUCAUACCCCGCCAGAUUCGUUGAUGAAGGAGUCCGGAAACGUUGGAGGUAGUCCGGGCAUUUGGACUAUUGAAGGCGAAAAGGACAUCCUUGACGAUGAUUCUGAUCAGGUGAUCAACUUUGACGAGGACGACACCAAGAUCUUGUUGGAAAAGGAGUUUGAAGACUUCUACGAGGAUCAUGCCCACAAGUCCGCUGGGCCCGUGGUCUUUGUCUCCAAGACCUUAGGCAUGCUCCCGGUUAUUUGGACCGAGGAGGAGUCCGAAAACGAAUGCAAAAGCUACUUUAACCUCUACACAUUUGUGAUCUUCAUCGGAUGGGUGGGUCUGGCCGUGGUCAGCGGACUUCGGGUGGAGGAAAUCGGAGCCUUUCCCGGAGAUGAAUCCAUCUCCCCGGACAAUGACACCGUUUACCACUUGCGAUUCUUGAGCCGGUGCACGUUUGACACGUACCUUUCGUGCACGUGGGUUGGCAGCUUGGUGGCCUUAUUAUUUGGUGUAUUCAAAUGCCGCUCGUUUGCAGAGGUUCUCAUGGGCUUGUCAGAAAUUGAUGCCCAAUUGGAGCUCCAGGGGAAGCAUUAUGACAAGAUCAAGCGUAAAACCCUGUAUUGGAUCGUGUUUCUGGGAAUACUUUUGGUCAUCCAUGGUCUGUCAUUCUACACAAUCCUCAAUGACAGCGCCAUGUUUGAUCUGAUGCUAUUCAUCUCGGUGAUGUUAGCCCAUUGUCUGGUCUUUGUGUUGGACCUGCAGUACCUUCACUUUAGUAUGGUCAUGUGUAAACGAUAUCGAAUGAUCAACAAAAUCCUGGUCCAUAUCACCAAACCAUGGACCACAUUUCGAAAUGAAACUCCGCCCAAUCACAUCUUGCAUAACAUCUUACAACACCGCUUUGAUCAGAUCUUUGAACCAGCAAAUGAAGACAUUUCUAUGACCAAGAAGUCUUUGAAUGAGAAGGAAUUGCCUUUGGCCUUGUUCCUCAAAAGUCCAGACGAGCCUAAACUAACCAAAGAGGAGGAGAACACUUUCAUCAUUCAGAUGGAUAUCUUACGCGGGAUCCACGCUGAUAUGAUGGCUCUGGCCAAUGAAGUGAACCACUUGCUUGGGUUUCAAAUCUUGGUUCACAUCAUCACAAGUGUGAUCUUCGUGGUCAUGUUUGGCUACUUCUUCGCAGCGGCGGCCAUUGACACGAAAUUCUACUGGCCUUAUUUGGCCCUUGGCCUCUUAUCAGCCCUUCGGAUCUUUUUAGUGGGCCAUUGGGGCCAACUUGUGGAACAACAGUCCCGCCAACCAUUCUUGACCAUUUGUCAAGUCUCAACAGUGGAUGGGAGUCCUCGUUUGGAACGGCAGGUCCAAAAAUUGACCAUCCAGAUGAAUCACCAAUGCCCGAAAUUAACGGCCGCCGGAUAUUUCAAUUUGGGACGCAACAUGAUCCUGAAGACAAUUGGUGUGGCCGUCGUGUUUACCUUCUUUAUGGUCCAAUUUCAACGAGCUCGGGACAUGAUAUCCACCAUGAAUAUGGCCAAGACCAAAGGGGAGACCGCAUCCUAAUACUGUUUUACAAAACUCCUCAUAUUAGUACCUCAGCAUUUCUUUGUUUGUCAUUGAAGAAAUCUUCUGGGGCUGUAUUUUUCCUCUCGAUUAAUAACUGUGUUUGUAAUUAGGACUCUCAACUAUAUCUGUGAUAUUGCUCGCAAUUUAUGAUAGCAGGACAUGAAGGACCUUUUCUUGUUACUUAAGCGUUAACCCUCUAGUUCCUGUAUUUCAAGCUAAACUUAAGAUUUCAAACAUUCUUGUGAGUUACUCAUCAUUAUAUCUCAAUGUUCCAAUACACUAGUAUUAAGAUUAAUGUGCCGAACUUUUUGCCUACCUUAUAAGAAAUUCAUUGUAGCAUGCCAGCGUGUGUCCAUAUUUUUUGUCAAUAAACUUAUUCUUAUCAUUAUGAACAAACAA